AUGUCUUUCUGGACUUUUGCACCUAAGCCCAAGACCCCUUUGGGGUAUCACCGGGUUCUUUCCCCGACUGCAGGUGUCAAGGUAUCACCUUUAUGCUUGGGAGGAAUGAACUUUGGCGAAGGCUGGGAGCAUUUCAUGGGAACUUGCAGUAAGGACGACGCCUUUGCGUUGAUGGACGCGUUUUACGACAUGGGAGGCAAUUUCAUCGAUACUGCCAACAAUUACCAGGAAGGUGACUCUGAGAGGUGGAUCGGAGAAUGGAUGCAAAGUCGCGGAAAUCGUGAUCAGAUGGUAAUCGCAACCAAAUAUACUACUGGUUUCCGCGACGCUCAUCAUGAAACCGAGCACAUUCAGUCGAACUUCGUCGGAAACUCGGUGAAAUCACUCCAGAUCUCUGUCAAAUAUAGUUUGGCCCACCUACGUACUGAUUACAUCGAUCUGCUCUACGUGCACUGGUGGGACCUCACAACCGGGGUGGAAGAGGUAAUGCACGGCUUGAACACGCUGGUCACCUCGGGCAAGGUCCUGUAUCUGGGUGUUUCUGACACCCCAGCCUGGAUAGUUGUCAAGGCCAAUGAGUAUGCUCGUGCUAAUGGCCUGCGACCUUUCUCCGUCUACCAGGGCCUGUGGAACCCACUAUGUCGCGACAUGGAGAGUGAAAUCAUCCCUAUGUGCCGAGACCAGGGUAUGGGCAUUGUCCCGUGGGGCUCACUCGCUCAGGGAAAGCUCAAGGCUGCAGCAGCUAGAGGGCUUACUGGGGGCGGCCGGUCCGAUCAGGACAUGACAGAGGACGAAAUCCGCGUAUCGGAUGUUCUGGAUGAGGUUGCAAAGAGCAAAAACACAAUACUUCCAGCCGUGGCAAUUGCGUAUCUACUACACAAAACACCGUAUGUCUUCCCGGUCGUCGGACAGAGGCAAAUAGAACAUCUGAAGGCCAACGUUGACGCUCUCGGAAUUGAAUUAUCCAAGGAGGACAUGGAUAAAAUCGACACGGCCGUACCGUUUAAUCCCGGGUUCCCAAUAAACUUCAUUUUCCAUGGCAAAUACGAUUUGACUCUCACUGCUGCUGAUGUCCCAUUGACUCGGAAGGCUGGUCAUAUUGAUGCACCCCCGUAUCAGGGAAUUGUCACUUCUAGGAGAUAG